AUGGUCACCGCGACCAAGCUCAACCGCUCCAACACGCCGAAAAAGUCGGCCAACGGCGCGGGCUUUGCCAAGAAGCCUGCGAAGCCAAAUGCGAGCAUCCUCAACUUUUUCCAAAAGACCCCCAAACCCGAGGAUUCCUUGUUCGUCGGAUCGACCAUUGCCGCCCCGAAGGACGAUGAUCUCUACGGCGACGAUGACCAGCAUCGAUUCAACGAGUCGGACACUCCCGUCAAAAAGAGGAGAUUGAGCCAAGAUGAGGAUAGCGCUACCAAAAGCGAGGUCGUAGACGAUGCGCCUCCUCCGGCUGCGCCCGUCAAGAAAGAUGUCAAGGACCCUGCGAAGCCAAAGUCGAAGCUGAAUGCUCCUUUUAUCAUGGAGUCUGACAGCGAAGACGAUAGCGACGACGAUGCUGUGCCUGCGCCAGACGUACCGCGAGGGGAGUUUAAGAUCGAGACAAUCUUGAAGUCAUCAGGAAAACCAGAUGUCGAGCCCGUGGUCUCAGCUAUUCCGCCUACGCCUGACGCAAACCCGCCUCUGCAAAAACAAGACUCGACGUAUGCACAGUUCGAUGAGCUAGGCAGCUUUGAAGGUAUGGACGAUCUCGACUUGGACGACUUCGAAGGCGAAGAGAUUAGGGAAAUGAAAUUUAUGCGAGAACAGGCGCGACUCGAGGCCGAAGAGGCGGGGGUCAUGCUCAGUGAGGAAUUCGUCGACGACCUGCCGGAUGGUAAUGCGAUGGCGGAGAGCUGCCCUAUGUGCGACGGCAGCCUCGCUGGUUUGUCCACGGACGAUGCCACCCGCCACGUCAACGCAUGUCUAGAUGGGAACCCUACCCCUUUACCGAAGCGGUCACGAACCCCCCCUACCGAAGCACCUAAAGUCGAUUCUACAGAGAUGAGCAAGAGGUUCGCCCGUGCCGCUAUUCCUCGACCAGCGCAAUCCGAUCCCUUUUCACAUGGCAACAGUAGCAACGGCGCCAAGUCCGCAUUCUCGAAACUCAUGUCUGGCAACGCCGAGGACUCGGCAUGGGCAAACGCAGCCGCGGCCGAGAAUGCGUCGCGGGGCCGUCCCGCCUACGAGCGGACCUGCCCCUUUUACAAGAAUAUACCCAACUACAACAUCUGCGUCGAUGCUUUCCGGUACGGCGCCGUGCAAGGGUGCGAGGCCUACUUCCUAAGCCAUUUUCACAGCGACCAUUACAUUGGCCUCACUGCAAGCUGGAGGCAUGGUCCAAUAUACUGCAGCAGGGUCACGGGCAGCCUGGUCAAGCAGCAACUACGCACAGCCUCGAAAUGGGUCGUCGAGCUCGAGUUCGAGAAAACGUACCCAGUACCAGGGACCGGGGCCACCGUCACCAUGAUACCAGCAAACCACUGUCCCGGCAGCUCUCUGUUCCUCUUUCAGAAACCCAUGGGCAAUGGCCCCAAUCCUCGCAUGUCACGAAUCCUGCACUGCGGUGACUUCAGGGCCUGCCCAGACCAUGUCGGCCACCCGCUGCUGAAACCCGAUGUUGUCGACUCCAUCACCGGAAAGACGAAACAGCAGUCCAUCAAUACAUGCUACUUGGACACCACAUAUCUCAACCCCCGGUAUUCAUUUCCCCCGCAAGAGGACGUCAUCAAAGCGUGUGCGGACUUGUGCGCGUCCAUGUCGCCGGAUCCAAACUGCAAAGACGAUGUCUGGGAGCGGUCACAGCGAGAAAAUGGGGUCCAAGCAGUGAGCAAAUACUUUCAGAGUGACAAGGGGCCCGCAGCAAGUGAGUCGGCCGACAGUCGUGCUAGCCCCAAACAGCGCUUGCUGGUCGUAUGUGGGACAUACUCCAUUGGCAAAGAGCGGAUAUGUAUCGCGAUCGCCCAGGCGCUGGGCUCGAAGAUAUUCGCAACGCCCGGAAAGAUGAAGAUCUGUCAGCAGCUGGAUGACCCUGAGCUCUCAUCCCUCCUCACGUCAAAUCCAAUCGAAGCCCAAGUUCACAUGCAGUCGCUCAUGGAGAUCCGUGCCGAGACACUCAGCGACUACCUGACAAGCUACAAACCUCACUUUAGCCGCAUCGUUGGCUUUCGACCUAGCGGCUGGAAUUUUCGGCCGACAAAUGGAAAGGCAGUGGGGGCGAAUACCUCGCCCAGCAGCAUCCCGACCCAACAGAUCCUGCAUGGGAAGGGCUGGAGGACGCGGUUCGGGUACAAGGACUUUGUGGCGCAAAGGGGGAGCACAAAGGAGUCGAUGUGUUUUGGCGUUCCGUACUCUGAGCAUAGCAGCUUUCGCGAACUGGCCAUGUUCUUGAUGAGCUUGAGGAUAGAGAAGGUCAUUCCGACUGUCAACGUUGGCUCGGAGCAGUCCCGGAAGCGGAUGAGAGCAUGGAUCGACCGCUGGACAGCAGAGAGGAGGAGGGGCGGACUACUGAAACCGCUCAUCGAAGGCAAGGAUGACGAGGACAGCGCAGAGUUAUGGGAAGGCAAGUCGGGCAAAGGCGGAGGCGCUUGGUGGUAG